AUGUUAUCAUCUAUGUUGGCUAAGCCAGUGGAUGUGGCUUGGGGAUCGACAGCUAACGGAUUCGUGUCAGAUGACUUCGAUUGGCUUACUUUGGGGAGAGUAGGCGAAGAUGCUGGAGACGAAGAGUUCGGUUGGAUAGAAAAGCUUGAAAAGCCAGAUAUCGGUCUGGAAGCCGGAUCAAUGAUGAAGCCAGGACAACGGGAAAUUUUAGCCUAUAAAAGGUAUUAG